UUUUUUUCCCCCAAAUCUGACAAAACCUAGCUGCAGAUCCAUUUCAUUUGCGACUCGAUUUUCAGAAAAUGUUGAGGCACGCAGCGAACAGGAUUCUGGGCAGUGGGCUGCGAUCCACUGCGGCGCCGGCGCAGGCGCAGGCGCUGAGGAUGUACCACGAGAGGGUGGUGGAUCACUACGACAACCCGAGGAACGUCGGGUCGUUCGACAAGGACGAUCCGAACGUCGGUACGGGCCUCGUCGGAGCUCCGGCCUGCGGCGACGUCAUGAAGCUGCAGAUUAGGGUCGACGAGGAGACUGGUAAGAUCGUAGAUGCUUGUUUCAAGACCUUCGGCUGCGGUUCUGCCAUCGCCUCCUCCUCCGUUGCAACCGAAUGGGUUAAAGGUAAACAAAUGGAGGAAGUCCUGUCAAUCAAGAAUACGGAAAUUGCCAAACAUCUCUCUCUUCCACCCGUGAAACUUCAUUGCAGCAUGCUUGCUGAGGAUGCAAUAAAAGCGGCUGUCAAAGAUUAUGAGAAGAAGCGUUCAAAGUCAGAUGCUGGACUGCCUCUGAAGAAAGCUGAGAGUGCUUAAGGACUAAAUCAUGUAGAAUAGUGGUUUAUUAUACUUGGAAAAAGUAUGUAUGUAAUCACCCUUGAUGUGCCGAUCCAUGCCUGGUCUGGUGUCAUGUGCUUUAAGUUUUUUUUACUACUUCUGAAUGUAUAGGCGGGUUUUUGGACCUUUUUUUGGUUGCUGGAGGAAACCAGAAGGAUUAUUCAUCCUAGUUGCCUUUUGAAUGAAUUUGGACUAUUUGGUUGAUUGCCUGUGGUUCUUUUUUUGUUGAUGGUAUAUUUCCAGUAAGGAUAUGGUUAGGCAGGCUUAGACAUUCUUAUAUUUUCGACAUAUUUACAUACUUUCAAACUGAGUUAUUGCUGUGAGCGAUGAAGUCAGUAAUUGUGUUGUCCAUCGUUAAUAUAUUGUUGUGGAUUGUCUGAAAAUCUUUUGGGAUUUUUCUGAGUUCUGGAUUGAUUUGGUGUUUUGUGGAGAUGGGUUAGCUGUAAAUGUGAUUUGUUCAAGGGUAUAGUGUUGGAGUUUGGUGAUUUAUUUGUCACUUGACUGAUGGUUUGCUGAUUAUUUAUGCAUGUGGGGAG